AUGGCCGACUACAACAGCAUGAAGGUCCCCGAGUUGAAGAAGGUUCUUCAGGAGCGCAGCCUACCGUUGACCGGCAACAAGGCCGACCUGAUUGCCCGUCUUCAGGAGGACGACAAUCAGAAGGCCCAGGAAGCUGCGGAGCCCAAGGCCGACACCAAGCCCGCCGCGGCGGCGGAGGAUGAGAUCGACUACGACGACGAUGACUUUCCUCCUAUGGCCAAGAAGGCUGAUGCCGCUCCCGCCGCCACUCAAGACAAGCCAGCAGAGAAGAAGAAGUCGGAGGAUGCGCCAGCCGUUGUCGAAACCAAGGCUGAUGAGACUGCUGCCCCUGCCACCACCACUACCAAAAACGACAAGCCAGCUGAGACCACUGCCACAGAGGAACCCGCCUCUGCCCCAGCUGCACCUCUGUUCUCAGCGAACCUAGCCGCGACCAACGCGCAGACGGAAGCAGAGAAGCGGGCUGCUCGCGCCGCCAGAUUCGGCAUCACGCUAGACGAAAACUCGGAGGAGGCCAAGGCCGCGGCGAGGGCUGCCAAGUUCGGGGUGGCUAAUGACCAGAUCUCGGCUCUGGACAGCGCGCUGCCUGAGCGGGGGCCGAGGAAGAGGGGGAGGGAGGCGAAGGAUGAUGGGAGCAAGGUUAAGGGUGCUGAGGGCGGCAACAAGCGGCCGCAGCAGCAGCAGCCUAGUGCCAAUGUCCGGAACAACAGCAAUAACGGCCGUAACCAGCAGGGACGGGGCGGUCGUGUGCGUGGGGGUCCGGGUGGUGCUGGUCGGCAGCAGCGCAAUGGGGGGGGUGGUGGUGCUACUGCUGCGACGAAGCUGCCGCAAAGGGAGGAGGAUCCGGCGGAGAGGGCCAAGAGGGAGGCGAGGGCUAAGAGGUUUGCUUAAGGGGAUGAGUGCGGGAAAGGGGUGAGUAUCUGGUUUUUGCCUUGUUUUUUUGCUGCGAGGUUGGCAUUAAAUGGGUAGCGGAAUGACUCUUUUUGUUUUUUUUCUUCUACAUGGAUGGUUUGUUUUUUCGCUAUGAUUGUUGGAGGGUGGGAGAGGU